CCUGCCUCGUUGCCCUGUCGUACACACCUCCUAUAUAUACAUGCGUGUGCUGUACGCUGGAUGGCGCCAAGGCUCUGAGUGCUGCACCAUGAGAAACGGGACUCUGUUGGCUGUUGCAGGUGCCGCCGUAUUGAUCAGUGCGUCCUGCUCCAGCGGCGCGAUACGCUGCGAUGCCUUUGUCUUGCGCGGAGGCAUGAAGCGGCGUGAUAGCACCAUCACACGCGUGAGAGGUGGGGUGUCAGACCUCCGAGCUGCUUGGAUCGAUGAACAGGUCUCGCUCGAGGUGCCAGCGUCCACCCAGGACGCGUACUCCCUGUAUUCGGAUCUCCAGAGGCAGCCGGAGUGGUCUCCUUGGCUCAAAAGUGUCCAGCAUGACCGCGCAACCGGGACCUCGAAGUGGGUCAUCCAAUCCAACGGCAUCAAGGUUUCCUGGAACGCCCAAAACACCGUGGAGGUGUACGGGUCGGAGGUGGCGUGGGAGAGCACGACGGGCCUCAGCAACCGGGGUCGAGUGACGUUCGACGACAAGGGGGAUGGGCGAUGCCUCAUGACGCUGACGCUGUCGUACAACCUGCCGUACGUGAUAGCGUCCGUGCUGCGGCUGGAGGCCGUCGAAAGGUUCGUCAAGCGGACCAUCCUCAGCGACCUUGCGCGGUUCAAGAAGGUGUUGGUUCGGCAGCUGGAGACGGUGCCUGCCUCUCCUAGCACCGCUCCCAAGGAAUCGGUCCACGGCACCCCUGGUGCUGUUGCUACUGCUGCUGCCGCUGCUUCAACUGUCGCCGCUCCUGCUACUUCCAGCGCUGCGCCUGCAGCUGCUCCUGCAUCUACUGCUUCUGCGGUGGCCCCUCCUACGACGACACCUGCUUCUUCUGCCGCUGUCAUCACCACCACUGCCACUGCUGACGACGCUGCUGGUGCUCCGAGCGUAGCCGCCGGCGCGGAUGGCGUGGAAUCAGAAGGCGAGGGCAAGGACAGUAUUCGCGCUCCUGGGCGACGAUCGCGAUGGAGACGGAGAUUUCGGAGAUUACUGCGGCGAGAUCGGGACCGAGAGGCUACCGCGCCUUCAGCGGUGGCGGCGGUGGUAGAACACGACGGAUCGUAGGGCAGAACACAACAGAUCGUGAGAUUCUGUUUUUUUGCCGCCGUUUUGGCCGGCACUCAUGUUGACAGUAAAGUGAACGGUACUCUCUUGUGUUAAACAUAUAUUUUCUAAAAAAUCGUGGUGCAAGCAAGCGAGUGAAUCGAUUGGUUUUUGUAGUAUAUUUUGCAUAUCUGUAAGAAAUCGGCAGCUGAUCUUGCACUUGGGCAUCCGCGUUUAUGCUGACACAACGAUAUGGUUGGACACAUACACCCAUCCUGGCUUGCGGCUUGAUAGUGUAUCCCCGCGUUGCUGCCGUGCUGCUGCAGCCCUUUGCGUGUCUUUUGUCGUUGUUCGACGAGAGGUCGGUGAGUUUGAGUAGAGAGGUCGGUGAGUUACAUGCCUGUUGCGUGGAAACCCGGGGACGAAAAGCUCGACCAAUGGGCAGAGACGUUCGCUGCACCCGCAGCGUGAUGGCACCCAGUGGGUCGCGGCAUUGUGUCGCAUCCACGGCCUUUUGGCUGUCAUUCCCACCACAGGGGGAGAAAACAAGAAACU